CUAAAUGUUAUGUUGGUAAAAAAUAUUGAGUGUUUGAAUUUGGUUGUGUAUGUUCUGUAGAUUAUAAUUUACAUUGCAAAACAUAAAACUCCAAAUCUCUUUUAGGUAAAUUAGUUAUUGACUACUGUAAUUUAAAAAUUCUAGGUUUAACAGACAUACAUUUUGUCAUUUAAAUUGCAAAGUCCAUUUUAUAUAUUUUGGCAAAGGUGCAUUUAGUAGUUUUCAGUAACGCGUGAUUAAACUCCCAUACACUAGAGGGCGCGCAUUGUAACACAACGAGAUCGUACUUCCUUUUUAUCCUCCCCUGUUCCACCUGCUGAAGCGUAAGCAUGCGUUUUUUUGUCUCUCUCUGUAAUCUAUGCAAUAUCUGUUUUAAUUUUAGUCAUCCAUGAUAGUUUUUGGUUGGUAUAAGUCUUUUUUAAUCUGUUUGUAUGUUUUUCGGGUGUAUUUUGUGAUUAAACGUAUUUAGGCACGCCUUUAUUUUAGUAACAGUGAAAUUUAGCUGAUCUGCAUUAGCCUACAAGAUAAUGAUUUUAAAAUAAUCUAAAGAAAAGUGGUGUUGAUCUUGUUAUUUUUAACACUGUUAGUCUUCAAUGUAUUUAGUUUUAUCUAAGCCAAAGCAUGUCAGAUUGGCAGGUCAUUGAGUAAUCUGAAAACAGUGCAAUGGUCACCAGAGAGUCAAUGUUCUCUUUCUCUGUCUAGAUGGGCUUAACGUUUACACUCGUCAAGCGCCAAAUGCAAGUAAAAAAUAAACGCUGACUAUUGUCGGUAUUUUAAAAAUGUCAAUUUCCCCUAAACGCCAUUAAACACGUGUUUUAACAGUGCUAAUUUGACACUGUGUUCACGUGCUAAACACAAAUGACCGAUCCGCUGAUGAAUCGCUACUUUAAAAGGCUCCUUGUAUAUGUGUUCACACUGUGAACAGCAGUGAGUUCGGUGAUAUAAUGACGUUCACGGCCAAUCAAUCAGUCAUUUCUGUUGAGCAGGUGAACACAAUGGUAAAUCAGCGCUGUUUGAGAAUGAGCUCAAGCGUGCUGAAAGCGGGGGAUGGAUGUUUUUAAAAAUUCGGCAAUAAAUUCCAUUAUUGUGACAACGCUAGGCUGAAUUUAGUUGACUUUCACUGUGUUUUGCACUGCCAAAUACACAAUUAUGAGAUUAAAUCUUCAUCCUGGAGUUUAUUAUCAUAAUCACUGAUUUAGUGUUGUCUAAAAUGAAAGUUAAACCCUUUGAGAUAGAUUUUCUUUAUAAUCCCUAUUGACAGCAGCAUAAAACCAUUGCUUUAAACAUUAAAAUAUUGUAAUCUCAAUUCAAACCUGCAUAACAUGAACAAUAAUUGAUGAUAAUGAUUUGCAUAUGUUUAUUAGGUAUAAACACUGCAUUCAAAUGUGUUUUAUUGAGAGGGAUUCAGUUUUUACACUUUCUUCUUUACGAACUGUUAUAUAAAACUGAAGAACUGAGAGAACAGUUUAUAGUUUAGAUAUAAACACUUGUUUAUGGUAAAACUGACAUUACAGCUUAAUGGAACUAACUGACUAACAUUGUGUAACCCACAGGUGGCAACAAACAACUAUCCAAAUUAUGUCACUGCAUGGGUUUUCAGAAAUGAUCCACCUAUAAUGAAACCUGAAGUUUUAUGUGUGAAUUGGUGAAUCAUUAAUUGAAGAUAAAUAUAUGUUGUACUAGAUGUUAUACUUGUAUAUUUAGCAUUAUCAGCAACAGUAGCAAAGCCAUUUAAAAUCGAAUAUUUUCCUUUUUUCAGCUGUGUUUUUCUUGUUUUAUUUAAAAAAAAAUGACAGACAAUAGUUUUUGCAGUAAUAUUUUUGUAUAAAUGAAAAAACAAAUGACACUUGUCUCCUCCCUUUUUUGCUGAUCCAAAAAAAGGCCUGACUCUUCACCCCCUUUUAUAAACAGUAUUUUUGCUCCAUGUAAUAUUUAUCAUUAAUAGUUUCUUUUUUGUCUGUUUUUUGUUUUUCAGAACGUUGUGAAAGCUGAUUUGUGGAGAUUUCAAGAUGCCUCGUACGAAGGGCUCUCAGCGAUCCAAGGCUGCCAAGAAGAGGAUAGCAGACCGGCUGGCUGCUGAUCCUGAAGAGGUCCUGCCACCUCUUAAAAAAAUGGCAGAAAUACCUGAACGUUGUGUGUAUCACAACGGCAAAAAAAACUCUGACAAAAGAAAUGACAAAGGAAAAAAUGACACAAGGAAUGACACAAAGAAUGACACAAAGAAUGAUGCAAAAAUGCCUGAAAAAUACGCUCAAAGUCUCUUUCACCUAAACUCUCCUCUAAACCCUCUACCUAAAGUCUACUCUGAUCCCAAGCCUAAUCCUAAGCUUGAACAACAUACUGAGAUAACUAUGAAUGCUGUUUCUGAAUUAUCCCCACAGACUUCCAUCAUCAGAGGCUCUUUCCAUCAAGGAGAUAUCUACUUCGGCCAGAAUAUGGGAAAGCAAUGUGGUGCAAAUAGUUUAAUUGCAAUUGUGAUGAGUAAGAUGAAAAGUGUUUUGCAGUGGAGCUCGAGUGAUCUGGAUUCUGUUCUGCUGAAUGGUGAUGAGCUGUACAGCGCCAUGAGAAAUGCUGGAAAAAUCAACGAUCCUGGACGAGGCUAUAUACGUGUUGAUGAGCUGCCUGACACUCACACAAUGAAUGAUUGUACAUUUUCAAUAAAAUAUGAUCAAACAUUGUCUGGCCUUUUUGGUGUUGAUGAAUAUGCAGAAGGUUUGCAAGGUUUUGCUAUGUCUCUUGAUGAAGCAGUGAAUCAAGCUUUUCAGAUGUGUGAUGCAUGUUUGGUAAAUAUUAAUCUAAACAUCUGUGCUGUUGUGAGACAACAUUCUUGGUUUGCUGUAAUAGAUUCCCAUUCACGCAGCUCUGAUGGUACAUGUGCAACAGAAGGUAAAAGCUUAGUGGCAUUUUAUCCCAACACGGAGUCUCUGCUCAUCCAUCUCAAAAAACUGGGUGAGUCACUGUAUGCAAACAACAGUCCCUUUGAGGUAACUGGCGUCAAGGCAAGUAUAAUAGCUGAUGGUGAACGUGUUGAAAAUGUAAAGCUGUCCGUGUGUGAUGCAGUCUUGGAAAACGAAACUGAAAUGCAACCUGUUACAGUCUGUAGUAGCUGUGCAACGAACUUGACCACAGGUGAAAAUCAUCAAUUGGGAUUGCAUUCUGCAUGUCGAACAAAUGAAGACGCAGGUGAUGUUGAAUUCAUUUGUCAAACAGAUGGUGUCUCCUUUCAGUUUAGUCCGUUAACCAUGCAGCAAGAAAAACACAUUUGCUUAAAGCUAAACUUGGUGCACAAUGAAAAGGAACAAUAUCAUUCAGAUGAAAUUGAAAUGGCUGAGCCUUGUCAAACAAAAAGUAUUGUGGGUGAUGGAAAUUGCUUUUUUAGGGCUUUAACGUAUGCCAUGACAGGAAAUGAAGUUGAACACAGAAAAUGCCGGCUAAGUGUUGUUAAUUACAUUUUGCAGAAUGAGCAGAAGUAUAAUAAGUUUCUUAGACAUGGACACAGUUCUGUACCAGAAUAUAUUGCUAAAUCCAAAAUGAGAUUUCUGGGAACAUGGGCUACCGAACUUGAGAUACAGGCUGCUUGUGACUUGAUUGGUGCAGACAUAUUUACAUACACUAGAGAGAAAUGGCUAAAAUUUUCAUCUUCAGCGGUAUUGUCAAAUAGACGUGCUAAUUUAAAGAAUGGAAUUUAUUUAAAACAUGUGAAUAACUGUCAUUAUGAGGUCGUGAUAUGUGUGAAAACAAAAAAUGGGACUUGUGCUGGUAUUUGUGCAUCAUCACUUGAACGACCAACAAACAAUGUAAGUUCAAAACCUUCUUCAGACCUUUGUAAGCUUCGUAAGCAGAAACUCCAAUACAACAAUGACAUUGAUUUGAAAGAAAUGAAACGAAGAGAUAGCAGUGUAAAAUACAAAGAAAACGAAAAACAUAGAGAGAAGGUUAAGGAAUAUAGUGUUACAAAAUACAGAGAAAAUAAAAGACAUAAAGACAAUGUCAAAGAUUACAGUGUUGCAAAAUACAGAGAAAAUGAAGAACAUAGAGAGAACGUCAAAGACUACAGUGUUACGAAAUACAGAGAAAAUGAAGAACAUAAAGAAUUUGUGCAGAAGUACAGCAUUCAAAAAUAUAAGGUAAAUGAAAUUCACAAAAACAUGGUAAUAGAUUACAACAAGCAGAAAUAUAAAAAUGAUAUUAGUUUUGUUCAGAGUAUUAAAAUGAGAAAUACUAUAAGGCAACAGGAAGCAAAGAACAAAAGAAAAGAGAUUGACUUUGUGAUUGAACAGUUCAAAGAAAAAAUAUCUAGAGGUCCCGAAUAUGUUUGUUCCGUCUGUCAUCGAUGCUGCUUUAAAACACAGGUCAAACACUGCAAUAAAAACAAAUAUUUUCAAAAAUCAGAGCAUGUUGGACAUAUUGCAGAACAAUGUAUAACACUAAAUUAUCUUCAUAAAUGUAACAAACACUGUAGCCAAAAUUGUGAACAUAUUGACAGUACAGCUGCAUAUCUAUGGAUUUGUCACACAUGUGAUCGAAAAAUAUGCGAAGGUAAAAUUCCUGCUGAAAGUGUCUCAAAUAAUCUUGGUUUAGACCCUAUUCCUGUCGAAUUAAGCUGUUUAAACUCUCUUGAGCAACAUUUAAUAGCAAAGCAUAUUCCAUUCAUGAAAAUGCUGGCUUUACCUCGAGGAGGACAGAAUGGAGUUCAUGGACCUGUGACUUGCGUGCCAUCUAAUGUAACAGAAACAGUAGAUGUUUUACCAAGAUCAGAAAAUAAUGAUUAUAUGGUACAAGUAAAGCUUAAGAGGAAACUGACAUAUAAAGGGCAUUAUGAAUAUAAAUUUGUGCAUACUGAGAGGAUAAAAACGGCAAUUUUGUAUUUAAACAAAACAAACAAGUGGUAUACAGACGUGAAAUUUAACAAUAGUUGGAUUAAUACUUUGAGUAAAGUUGAGGAAGAACAGAUCAAUGAUAAAAGUGAUAAAAUGGAGUUUGAUUUAGACGCAUGUCAGGAUAUGUGUGUUGAUGAACAGCACAAUACUGAAAAUGAGGAUGAAGAGAUGACUGAUGAUACCCUUCAUGACCGACAACAGCAUGGUUUGUUUAUGGAUACAUGUUUACAACCAGUGGACAUUGCACAAGAGAUGUUAGAUCAACAUUUUGAUGACAUUAUGUCACUUGCUCCAGCAGAAGGCAACAAUCCAGUAAGAGUUUUAAUGGAUGAAACUAAUGAAGCUAAAUGUUUUCCGGUUCUCUUCCCAAAAGGAAUAGGAACUUUUCAUGACAUACGACCUGAAAAAUUAACACUGUCCAGGUACUUAAACAACAGAAUCUUAAAUGCAGAUAGACGUUUUGCCCAAAACAUGGAUUAUAUAUUUUAUGGCCAAUAUUUGUCUGAGCUUAAUCAAGUUGUCUCAAAUGUUUCUAUUGCUUUGAGGAAGGGUCAUGAUACAAAUAAUACAAAAAUUACUCCAGAAACACUGACAAACAAAGACUCACUUCAAAAGAUUUUACAUGCUGAUCAGGGUUAUAAAUUCUUAAAGCCAAUAAGAGGGAGUCCUGUUUUUUGGCAAUCUGUGCAAAAAGAUUUGUUUGCAAUGGUUCGGCAGCUUGGGAUACCAACAUGGUUUUGUUCAUUUUCAUCAGCUGACCUGCGAUGGCCAGAGCUAAUGCAAACUAUUGUAAAACAAGAGGGCUGUCAAACUCCCGUUGAUGAACUGGACUGGUCAGAUAGAUGUGGAAUGCUUCAGCGAAAUCCAGUAACUGCUGCCAGAAUGUUUGAUCACAGGUUUCAUUGCUUUCUGAAAGAUGUCAUUAUGUCACCAGCUGAACCAAUUGGAAAAAUAAUAGAUUAUUUCUAUCGAAUAGAAUUCCAACAGCGAGGAUCACCACAUACACAUUGUUUGUUUUGGGUUGAAAAUGCACCUCAAGUGGACCGAGAUGCUGAUAAUGAAGUAGUAGCUUUUGUUGACCGCUAUGUAACCUGUGAAAUGCCAAGUGAAAAUGAAAAUGAAAUGUAUGAGACUGUGAGAAGUGUCCAACAACACAGCAAAAGACAUUCAAAAACAUGCAGAAAGAAAGGCACUACAUGUAGAUUUAACUUUCCACGACCACCCAGCGGAAAUACAUUCAUCGCAAGAAACAGCCAGGCUGAAAAUGACAGAAAAGAAACUAAAGGAAAAAAAUCAAAUAGCUUUAAUGAAAUAUCAAAAGACCAGGCUAAAGCUGUUAUGGAAAAAGUAAAAGAAUGUUUGUUGAACAACGACACUCUGUAUGAAUCAACUGAUGCUUUCUUUACAUCUAUUGGUAUAAAUCAAGAGAUUUUUGAAGCUGCUUAUAAUAAAAUGACAAAGAAAACAACUGUUGUUUUGAAGAGGAAGCCUGCUGAUGUAUGGGUGAAUCAAUAUAAUCCAGAUCUUUUACGGUGUUGGAAUGCAAACAUGGAUAUACAGUUUGUUGUGGAUGCUUACUCGUGUAUAGUAUAUAUAAUUUCAUAUAUUUCUAAAGCAGAGAGAGAAAUGGGAUUAUUGUUGGCAAAUGCUCAAAAAGAAGCACACAAGCAAGGAAAUAUGGAUGCUAAACAGGCUUUAAGAAAACUUGGAAGUGUGUUUUUACAUAAUCGAGAAGUUUCAGCCCAAGAGAGUGUUUAUCGUUUGACUAACAUGAAACUUAAACAAGGAUCAAGGAAAGUGGUUUUUAUUCCGACUGGUAGUAACACAAUAAAAAUGAGUCUACCAUUAAACAAUAUCCAUAAAAAAGCUCAAUGUGGAGAAAGUGAUGACAUAUGGAUGACAAGCAUUACAGAGAGAUACAGAGCUCGUCCAAAAACAGAAGAGUUUUCAGAAAUGUGUUUAGCAACAUUUGCUUCAGAAUACAGAGUUUUGUCUAAAUAUGAAAAAUGUUUAGAAAGAAUAAAACUGGAAAAUGACAUGGGGUUUGUGAGAAAAAGAACUCGCACAGAUUUUGCGGUCGUACGAUAUGCUCGAUUCUCACCUACUAAAAAUCCAGAAAAUUAUUAUCAAAGUAUCUUAGAGUUAUUUCUGCCUCAUUUUUUCCAAAGUCAACUGAAACCAACAAAUUUUACUUCCCAUAAGGAAUUUUAUGACACUGGAUUUGUUACAAUACAAAAAGAUCAGAUUGAAUCUGUGAAAAUCCUAGUGGAUACAAACAUGUCAAAGUUUGAAAAAGAAGCAGAGACCAUACAGAAAGCUGAAGAUGAUUUAGAACAAUAUGGACAAUUGGAAGAUGCUUGGGGUCAAAUCUGUCCAGAAGCAGAACUUGAGCGUUUGGAAUGUCUAGAUAGUAAAAAACAACAGAUCGAAAUUGAGGAAGAUGAUGAUGUCAUACCUGACCUACUACCGAAUGCUGGUGUUUUUGAAACAGAGCAAAAUCCAUCUGUCAUAGCAAAAAAAGAUGCAGUGGCUUUAAUGCGUUCUUUGAAUGAAAAACAAUCACAAAUCUUUUAUAAAGUGAGGCAAUGGUGUUUAGCAAAAGUUCAAGGUGAAAAUCCAGAUCCAUUCCAUGUGUUCAUAUCUGGUCCUGGAGGUGUUGGAAAGUCUAUCCUAAUUAAAUCAAUACACUAUGAAACAUCUCGCAUCUUGUCAAAAUUAUCUGAAAACCCAGGUGAGACACAUGUGUUAUUAACAGCUCCGACUGGUGUUGCUGCUUACAAUAUUAAUGCUGCAACCAUACACAGCACUUUCUCCAUUGGAACAACCGCUGCACUGCCUUAUCAACCUCUUGGAGAUGACAAAAUCAAUUCUUUAAGGGUCAAAUUUGGAAAACUCCAAAUAUUAAUAAUUGAUGAAAUUUCAAUGGUAGAUCAUAAACUUCUAGCUUAUAUUCAUGGUAGAUUGAGGCAAAUCAAACAAACAGGAGAUUUUAAAUCAUUCGGGGGUGUAUCCAUAAUUGCAUGUGGAGAUAUGUAUCAGCUAGGCCCUGUGAAAGGAAAACCCCUUUACACUGAACCAAUGAACUGUGUUAACCUGUGGGAAACAAACUUCAGUUUCACAGAACUUACAGAAAUUAUGCGCCAAAAAGAUAAACAAUUUGCAGAGUUAUUAAGUCGUUUAAGAGUACGUAAAAAAGAUGAACAAAUGACUGAAGCAGACGUUACUAUGCUUAAAAACUGUGAAACAGGAGAUGGUGAUGAAUCUCCAGAUAUCCACAUUUAUGCAACUAACAGUGAAGUUGAUAUGCACAACAUUACAAUGUUACAUAAAGUAUGCUCUGACACAGUUAUUGUCAAUGCACAGGACUUUGAGAGAAAUGCUAAAACUGGCCGCAUGGAAAAAAAAGAAGGGUUUCAUUUCAGAGUUCAAAAUACUUCUUUAGAAAAAUCACUUGAAUUAGCUGUCGAUGCUCGAAUAAUGUUACUGAAAAACAUUAAUGUUUCAGAUGGUCUUGUAAAUGGAGUUUUUGGCACAAUUAAAGACUUCUGUUAUAAAGAUGAAAAUGAAUCAUUUCCAUCAAAAAUAUAUAUUGAAUUUGAUGAUGAGCGAGUUGGUAAAGAAGCACGAAAGAAAAAUCCAUGUUUAAAACCUGGUCUGGAAACAUGCACACCAAUUGAACCUGAGGAAGAAAAGGUAACCAGCAGUGGUGGUGUCAGAAGACAGUUUCCUCUAAGAUUAGCCUGGGCAUGCACCGUUCACAAAGUACAAGGUCUAACAUUAGACAAAGCAGUUGUUUCAAUGAAAAAAAUAUUUGCUCCAGGACAAGCAUAUGUAGCAUUAAGCCGAGUGACAAGUAUUGAUGGACUCAUAAUUGAAGAUUUUAAUGAGAAAGUUAUUUUUGCUAAAGACAACAUUGAGAAAGCUCUACAGAUUAUGCCUCCAUUCAUUUUUCCAUGUAAAACAACAGAAAGUUUUAAAUUUACUAUAAUGUUACACAAUGUUGAAGGAUUAAUCCCACAUAUACUAGAUAUCCGACAAGAUAACAGAUAUGUUGAAGCAGAUAUGAUAUGUGUAACAGAAACAUGGCUAACAUCAAAUUAUUCAGAGCAUGCAGUCACUGUUGCUGGAUACAAUUUCUAUUCCAAACCUCGAAGCACUGCAUAUGACACAAGUCAGGAUUUUUUUGCUCAACUAAAAGAGGAAAAUCGUGGUGGUGUUGGCAUAUAUCACAGAGAGGACAUAAAAGUUGCUGUAGUUGAUUUACCGUGCAUUAACAUUGAAUGUCUCAUGUGCAAUAUACAACAUUCAAACACAACUGUAGCAGUCGUUUACAGACCACCAAAAUAUACUUUACCAUUGUUUACAGACAAUUUUCUGAACUUGGUUAAUCACAUAAACAGCUUAUCAGGUGGUAAAAUAAUUCUAGGAGACUUCAAUGAGAACCUACUUGAUAAAUCCUUCAUUCAUAAUGUCAUGCAGGAUUUUGGGUUCACACAAAUAGUUAAAAGUGUAACAACUGAAUAUGGUACUUUAAUUGACCAUGUAUAUAUUAAAGAUGUUGAGUUACAUAAAAUUAAGACUGAGAUUAUGCCCACAUAUUUCAGCUGUCAUGAAUGUGUUGUGAUAAAAUGGUCGAUGUAAUCUGUCCAUAAAAUGGGGGGAGGGGGGUACAGAGGUGAAUGCAAGAAGUGGACAGCCUCUGUGGGAAUUAAUGCUGCCUUCACAUGCUACCAGAUAAAUUAAAAUUAAAACCAAGAUUAUAACCAUAUAAGAAAUGUGAAAUUGAUUAAAAAAUAAAUUUAGUCACAAGAAUGAACAUAUUUCUGGUAGCAUGUGAAGGCAGCAUAAAUGCAUGGGGAUUUUAGAAAAUGCUGCCUUCACAUGCUACCAGACAAUAUUGUAAAUUCCAGCUUCCUAGCAUAAAAUGUCAUAUGCAAGGACAAUACAAUAUUUGUUAUACAAAAAUACAGAAAUGUGUUUUGUUUUCAAGCUAAAUCUUUUAGACAAAGAAAUCAACAAUCUUUCAUUAUAAAGCAAACAAUAGUAAACAAUAGUAAUUAUAAAAUACAAAUAGAAAUUAAUAAAAAAAAUAACUAAAUCACACUUAAAAUACUUCAGAACAAGAAGUAUGAAAUUUCUGGUAGCAUGUGAAGGCAGCUUACACAUUCAUCUAGUUAAGUGCCCACCAGACACACUACAAGGCACUCUACACAUCACAUCUGCCACUGAACUGAACUAUAUAUUUCCCAAACUGGUUACUGCCACCACCAGAGCCACAGCUGAAAGAACUGCAGCAGCCUGACCUGCCAAUAACUUCUGAUUCUGACCCUCAUAUGUUUCCUGACUCAAAACACCAAAUUGACAGUGCCUCCAGAACCAGAGCUACCUGAUCCACCAGGGAUGUCUGACCUGCUUUGCCUCCUGACCCAGAGCCACCUCACCCACCAGAGUUGUCGGACCUGUCUUCGCCUUCCGACCCAGAGCCCACAGAUCUGUUACAGCUCCACAAUAUAGAGCCUCGGCAGGUCCACGUUCCAAGGUCACCACCUGAUCUACCAGGGUUGUCUAACCUGCCUGUGCCCCCUGACCCAAAGUCCCCUGAUCUGCAACAGCUCCACAAUCCAGAGCCUCGGCAGCUUCACGUUCCAAGGUCGCGACCUGAUCCACCAGGGUUGUCUGACCUUCCGGUGCCUCAUCAACAAAGGCCCCAAAUGCUCUACAGCUCCACAAUCCAGAGGCUCAACAGCUCCACGCUCCAAAGUCGCCACCGGAUUCACCAGGGUUAUCUGACCUGCCUGUGCCUCCUGACCCAGAGUCCAGAGAUCUGCUACAGCUCAAGAAUCCAGAGCCUUAGCAACUCCAAGCUCUAAGGUUGUCACCUGAUCCACCAGGAUUGUCUGACAUGCCUGUGCCUCCUGACCCAGAGCCCCCAAAUCUGCUUAAGCUCCACAAUCCACAACCUUAGCAGCUCCAUGCUGCACGGCCUCCGCAGCUCCAUGCUCCAGGGCCUCCACAGCUCCACUCUCCAAACUCACCUGCACUGCACUCAUCUGCCUCUGCUUCACGUCCCUCCUGAACUGUUCACAAAGCAUCUGGAAGUCCCACCUUGUGGGGAGGAUAUUUCAAAGUCACGCAGCUGAGUGCCCACCAGACAUGCUAGAGGGCACACAUCACAUCUGCCACUGGACUGAACUACAGAUCCCAUUAGGUACUGACAACAGUUUUAGAUGUCCUCUUGAUUUCACAAUUACAGUUAAAGCUCGUCAUGACUGAUGCUUGGACUAUGUAUAUAUUUACACACACACACACACACACAUCUAUUAUGGAUUCUUGUUUCCAGAUUGUAUAUUUCUAAACGUUUUCCUAGUCUUACAUAACCAUAUUUUCACCCUUUGUUUGUCAGAAAUAUUUAUUUUGCUGCCUACUUCAUUCUUUACCUGUAAAACCAACUACUCUUUGGAUUAUCUGUAUGAUACCAUCUGCACCAAUUUUGCCUGCUUGACCAAUUUUAAAUAAACAGCAU